AGACCCCAAGGCUGGGUGGAGCCAGCCGAGAGCGGCCAAAAGCCCGUCCCGCCUGGAGCGCGGCCAUCAGCCGGCUGCGGUGUCGUCGCGGCGCCUCCGGGUGCCGCUGUUGGCCGCCGCGGAGCGGCGCUGGAGCCGGAGCCGGAGCCGGAGCCGCCGCAGCGUCCUGCCCCCGCAGGCUGCUGGCUCGCACGGCGCCGGCCCUUCUCGGCAGCGGCACGGGCAGCAGAGGCGAGAGGCGGCGCGGCGCGGGGAGCAGCGGCGUCCGAGGCGGCGCCGAGAUCGCUGGCCUGCGGCGGCCCCUGCGCUCGCUGCAGAGAGCGGCUGGAAGGAGGGGAGGAGAGCGCGGCGAGCGCUGCCCAGAAUGGCGGGCGGGCCGGGGCCGGUGCCGGGGCGGGUGCCGGGGCGGGUGCCGGUGCCGAGCCGCGGGCGAGCAGCCGGGCGAGUGCUGCUGGCCGCUUUGCUGCUGGGCUCGUGGUGCCGGGCGGCGCCGGAGCGGAUCCGCUACGCCAUCCCCGAGGAGCUGGGCAGAGGCUCGCUGGUGGGGCCGCUGGCGCGGGACCUGGGGCUGAGCCCGGCCGAGCUGCCGGCACGCAAGCUGCGGGUGGCGUCUGCCGCUAAAAGGCAGCUGAAAUACUUCACGGUGAGCGAGGAGACCGGGAACCUGUACGUGAGCGAGCGGCUGGACCGGGAGGAGAUGUGCGGCGAGUCGGCGUCCUGCUCCGUCAGCUUCGAGGCGCUGGUGCAGAACCCGCUGAACGUUUUCCACGUCGAGGUGGCCAUCCAGGACGUUAAUGACAACACACCGGCCUUCAGCAAGCCUGCUCUGGACCUCGAGAUUGGUGAAUGGACGCUUCCCGGUGCUCGUUUCCCGCUGGAGAUGGCCCGAGACGCGGACGUGGGCAGCAACUCGCUGCUGACUUACGAGCUCACUGGCGACCCGUCCUUCUCGCUGGCCGUCAAGGAGAGCCCGGAUGGAAGCAAGCAGCCGGAAUUAGUGGUGGAGAGAGCGCUGGACCGUGAGAAGCAGAGCUCCUUUCAGCUGGUGCUGACGGCGGUGGAUGGCGGGGAGCCGGUGAGGUCCGGGACGGUGCAGGUUCGCGUCAACGUGACGGACGCCAACGACAACGCGCCCGUGUUCAGCAAAGGCGUGUACGAGGCGCGAGUGCGGGAGAAUCUGCCGGCGGGGUCGCUGGUGCUGCGGGUGCGAGCCACGGAUGCGGACGCGGGCUCCAACGGGCGGGUCUCCUACUCCUUCGGCAACGUCCCGGACGGCGUCCGCGCCUUGUUCAGUGUCGACAGCGACAGCGGCGAGGUCAGGACGGCGGGGCCGCUCGACUUCGAGGAAAGGAGCAAGUACGGCUUCGGCCUGGAGGCGAGGGACGGGGGCGGGCUGACGGCUCACUGCAAGGUGCAGAUAGACAUCACCGACGAGAACGACAACGCGCCCGAAAUCACGAUGCUGUCGGUGUCGAGCCCGGUGCCCGAGGACGCGCCGGCCGGCACGGUGGUGGCCGUGGUGAACGUGAACGACCCGGACUCCGGGGAGAACGGUCAGGUGUGGUGCGAGCUGUCGGGCGAGGCGCCGCUGUCGAUCGUGGCGUCGUCGGGCGGCUCGUACAAGGUGGUGACGUCGAGCGCGCUGGACCGGGAGCAGGCGGCCGAGCACCGUGUGACGGUGGUGGCCCGGGACCGGGGCAUCCCGGCGCUGUCGAGCCGCACGGCGCUGGUGCUGGAGGUGUCGGACGUGAACGACAACGCGCCGGUGUUCGAGGAGGCCGCCUACAGCGCCUACGUGGCGGAGAACAACGCGGCGGGCGCGGCGGUGCUGCGCGUGCGCGCGCGGGACGCGGACGCGGGCGCGAACGGGCGCGUGAGCUACUGGCUGGCGGGCGGCAGCGCGGGCGCGGCGCCGUACGUGUCGGUGGAGGCGCGGAGCGGCGCGGUGUACGCGCAGCGCUCCUUCGACUACGAGCAGUGCCGCGAGUUCGCGGUGGCGGUGCGGGCGCAGGACGGCGGGGCGCCGGCGCGGAGCUCGACGGCGACGGUGCGCGUCUUCGUGCUGGACCGCAACGACAACGCGCCGCGGGUGCUGUGGCCGGCGGCGGGCGCGGGAGCGGCGGCGGGAGCGGCGGGGGCGGCGCCGGUCCCGGCCGCGGCGCCGUUCGAGGUGGUGCCGCGGUCGGCCGAGGCCGGGUACCUGGUGGCCAAGGUGGUGGCGGUGGACGCGGACGCGGGGCGCAACGCGUGGCUGUCGUACGAGCUGGUGCAGGCGCCGGAGCCGGCGCUGUUCCGCGUGGGGCUGCACAGCGGCGAGGUGCGCACGGCGCGGGCCGUGUCGGAGAGGGACGCGGCGAAGCAGCGGCUGGUGGCCGUGGUGAAGGACCACGGGCAGCCGGCGCUGUCGGCCACGGCCACGCUGCACGUGGUGCUGGCCGAGAGCUUGCAGGAGGCGCUGCCGGAGCUGAGCGAGCGGGCGGCGGGCGCCGACUCGCCGGCGGAGCUGCAGUUCUACCUGGUGCUGGCGCUGGCGCUGCUCUCCGCCCUCUUCCUGCUGAGCGUGGCGCUGGCCGUGCUGGCGCGGGUGCGCCGGGCCGGGCCGCCCGCCGUGCUGCGCUGCCUGGGCGCGCAGCGCUUCUCCGUGGCCGGCGCCGCCUUCCCGGCCGACUUCUGCGAGGGCACCUUGCCCUACUCCUACAACCUGUGCGUGGCGCCGGGACGCGCCGUCGCCGAGGCCGCUUGGCUGCCGCCGCCGCCGCCGCUGCCCAGCCUGCCCGCGGAGGAGCUUGUCGGCGGGGAGCCCUGCGGGAAGCGGAGCCCGAGCAGCAGCGCCGGCGCGGGAGAGCCGCCCGCCGACGCCGACGCACCGCAGGUCUGUAAGCCCGCGCGGUCCUUGUCCCUGAGCCUUUCCCAACCUCACGCCGAGGCUGCUGCGCUGUGCUGCGCUGUGCUGUGCUGCGGGGUCUUCCUGCGGCUGCUGGGGCGAGUUUUACUUCGUUGCGUCCGCCAGUUUACAAGGAGUUUACAAGGAGUGAUCUCUUCCCAUCCUGAGAACACAUCUCAAACCAAGAACGAAAUACGCAAAAUGACAACAUGGUUGAGGAAAGGGGAGAAAUGGAGGCUGCUUCAGAGCGGGCUCCGGUGUGCAGGGGAGAAGCGGCAAGUCGAGAAGGAAGAGCAGUCCCUGAGGAGGAGGACUCCUUUUGAGGGGGGGAUCUCCAUUGCUGCCUUGUGCUAUGGUUCGGGGUUUGGGAAACUGAUGUGGCUGGUGGCGUUCGAGUAUGAGGCUGUUUUCAUCUGCAGAAAGGGUGAGGGAAAUGUCAGUGAAGCACUCGGAAACCAGUGCAAUUCGUGGUGGAAAUACUGCUGUUGGAGUAGUGGGAUAAGACUCGGCAGCGCUGGGUGCCUGCAGUGCCGGGAGGAGGCUGCGGGCGCCGCUGUUGACCGAGGAGGAGCGAGAGGAAGGCCGGAGCGCUGCAGGCAGCCCCGCCCGCUGCGGCCCGACUCGCUGGCUGGCUGGCUGGCUGUGUGGGCGUCCGGGCGGUCUGCGAGCGUCCCCGCGGUGCGGAGCCGUGCUGCAGCGAGGCGGAGGGGCCGUCGGCAGCGGCCGGGAGCGGCGAGACGAAGCCGGAUCGGGAGCCGGCUCGGGAGCCGGAGCGGGAGCCGGCUCGUCGGUGGGCGGUGGAGCGGUGCCGGCGGUGAGGCGGCGGCGAUGUGGGCUGCGUGGAGACGGUGGGGCCGGCGUGAGCGAUCCCUGCUGUGGUGCGUGCUGGUGGCGGCGUGGGAGGCGGCGUGGGGGCAGCUGCGCUACUCGCUUCCCGAGGAGAUGCCGAAGGGCUCGUUCGUGGGCGACGUGGCCAAGGACCUGGGGCUCGACCUGCCGGCGCUCCGACAUCGCGGCGUCAGCGUCAUAAACAGAGGUCGGACGCAGUAUUUCGCUCUGCACGGGAAGACGGGGCAUUUAGUGACGGCGGAGAGGAUAGACAGAGAGCAGCUCUGCGAGAGCGUUCAGCAAUGCGUGCUGCGGUGUGAGGUGUUAGUAGAGGGGGAAAUGCAGGUUCACGGAAUCGAAGUGGAAAUCACGGACAUUAACGACAACGCCCCCAGCUUCCGAGAACCUGAAAAAGAACUGAGAAUGAGCGAGACGACAGCCCCGGGUUGGCGGUUUCCCCUGGCCGAGGCUCUCGACCCGGACGCGGGAUCGAAUUCCGUGCGGAGGUACGAGCUGAGCGGCGACGAGCACUUCUCGCUGGCCGUGCAGGCGGGCCCCGGCGGGGAGCAGCGUCCCGAGCUGGUGCUGGCGAAGGCGCUGGACCGGGAGGAGGCGGCGUUUCACGAGCUGGUGCUGAGGGCGAGCGACGGCGGCGAGCCGUCGCGGACGGGCACGGCGCGGAUCCGCGUGGCCGUGCUGGACGCGAACGACAACGCGCCCGUGUUCAGCCAGGCGGAGUACACGGUGCGUGUGCCGGAGGACGUGCCCGUGGGCUCCGUCCUCGUCACCCUCACGGCCACCGACGCCGACGAGGGGAUGAACGGGCACGUGAAAUACUCCCUGAAGAAAAUCACAGAGAAAGCCUCGCAGAUUUUCCAGCUGGACACCGAGACGGGAGCGAUCACCGUGCUGCGGAGUCUGGACUUCGAGGAAAUCUCCUCACAUGAACUGGAGGUGCAGACACAUGACGGAGGAGACCUUUUCGAUACGGCGAAAGUCGUGAUCACGGUGAUAGACAUCAACGACAACGCGCCCGAGAUUUCGGUGCGGUCAACGCUGAGCGCGAUCUCGGAGGACGCCCCGUCGGGGACGGUGGUGGCCCUGCUGCACGUGCAGGACCGGGACUCGGGGGCGAACGGCGAGGUGCGGUGCAGCAUCGCGGAGCGGCUGCCGUUCCGUCUGGAGAAGACCUUUGAGGACUACUACCGCGUGGUGACGGCCGAGGAGUUGGACCGUGAGAAGGUGUCGGAGUACAACGUGACGGUGCGGGCGGCGGACGGCGGGUCGCCGUCGCUGUGGAGCAGCGCGGUGCUGGCGCUGCGGGUGCUGGACGUGAACGACAACGCGCCGGUGUUCGCGGAGGCGCGCUACAGCGCCCGGCUGCCCGAGAACAACGCGGCGGGCGCGCUGGUGCUGACGGUGCGGGCGGCGGACGCGGACUGGGGUCAGAACGCGCGCGUGCGGUACCGGCUGUCGGAGGGGCGCGUGCGGGGCGCGCCGCUCUCGUCCUACGUGUCGGUGCAGGCGGAGACGGGCGCGCUGUACGCGCUGCGCUCCUUCGACUACGAGGAGGUGCGCGAGGUGGGGCUGUGGGUGCGGGCGGAGGACGGCGGGGCGCCGGCGCUGAGCAGCAACGUGUCGGUGCGGCUCGUGAUCGUGGACGAGAACGACAACGCGCCGCAGGUGCUGUACCCGCCGCCGGCGCCGGCGCCGGGCGCGGGCUGGGCGGGCGUGGAGCUGGCGCCGCGCUCGGCCGAGCCCGGGGCGCUGGUGGCCAAGGUGGUGGCGGUGGACGCGGACGCGGGGCAGAACGCGUGGCUGUCGUACGAGCUGGCCAAGGCGACGGAGCCGGGGCUGUUCCGCGUGGGGCUGCACAGCGGCGAGGUGCGCACGGCGCGCUUCCCGCUGGCCCGCGACGCGGCGCGGCAGAGCCUGGUGGUGGUGGUGAAGGACCACGGGCGGCCGGCGCUGUCGGCCACGGCCACGCUGACGGUGGUGCUGGCCGAGAGCGUGGCCGAGCUGCUGUCGGAGCUGGGCAGCGCGGCGGCGGCGCCGGGCGAGCCGGCCGGCAGCCUGACGCGGUGGCUGGUGGUGGCCGUGGCCGCCGUGUCCUGCCUCUUCCUCGCCUUCCUGCUGCUGCUGCUGGCGCUGCGCCUGCGGCGCUGGCGCCGCUCGCAGCUGCUGGCGGCGGGCAGCGGCGCCUUGCGCGGCGUCCCGGCCUCGCACUUCGUGGGCAUCGACGGCGUCCGCGCCUUCCUGCACUCCUACUCGCACGAGGUGUCGCUCACCGCCGACUCGCGCAAGAGCCAGCUCCGCUUGUCGGGCGGCAGCUGCUGCGACACCCUCCCGGCCCGGCCGCCGCCCGCCGAGCCCGCGCCGCUGCUCGGGGAGGACCCUGCCGGCGCCCGCCGCGCCGACCCCGCCGCUGCCCCGGUGAGUUCCUCUGACCGCGCUUGCUCCGCGACGCUUGCCUCCGCUGCUCCUCCGCCCUUUCCCCCGCUCCGUCUCCUGCGAAGCUUCGCUCAGCAGCGCGCUCUGUGCUGCCGCCUCUUGCUCGCGGGCGGUGAACGUGGGAGUGGGGGAGGCAGCCGGAGCGUGGGGCUGCCCUGGGCUGGGGUUUCGUUCCAGCGGGGCUCUGGGGGUUUGUCACGCGCCAGCCGGUGGCUCAUUUUGUCCCCUGACGGCGGUAAUUCCGCUUUUCCUGCCGGUAUGAGCUCUUCGGAGCGGAUGUGGCGCCUGAUUAGCACGCGGGAGGCAGCAGCAGCGUGGGAUAUGUUCCCGACGGCGCAGGUGCUGGAGUGGGGGGCGAGUGUCUUGAAACGGAGCGUGAAAGGCCCCGUGCCUAACUGAGCUGCUCGUCGUUUCUAGUCUUCUCAGCUCUUCUAUUUCUCCACGAUAACGUGGUGAUAACGAGUUCGGGAGGGGUCGAUUGCAGGUGCGGGGCGAGAUUUAAGGAGGGGGAGACUGCCCCUGCGCAAAUGUUCACUGACCCAGCCUUUUCUGGAGGACGGCUUCUCUUUUCUUUCUUCUUAGAGCCUCGAUGUUAUUUUCGCAGAAGACUGGUGAGCAGACAUGCGUAUCUUCCUUUAGCAGGGAGAUGUGAAGGGUUCUGUAUGAAGCCCGUGGUGUGAUGGUGGUGUGGGUUGAAGACAACCGUUUGAUGACACGUGCUUGUAAAUUUUGAGGGUCGAAGAACAUGAUGGAAGUUGUGAAAAGUUGGAGAGGAGAAUCUGGGGCUCUGUGCGUGAGGAGGUGCUGAAGGA